AUGGCGCCGCGCCUCGCCCUCGCCCUGGUCCUCCUGGCCGUGGCGCCCAGCACCGCGGCGGCCGCGGCCACCGACACCACCAUCAACCCGGUGCGCAAGGUGGUAACGCUGCUGCAGAAGAUGCAGAAGGCCGUCCAGGAGGAGGGCGAGAGGGAGCAGGAGCUGUUCGAUACAAGUUCAAGUGUUACUGCAAGACUAGCGGUGGGAACCUGCAGGAGAGUAUCUCGGCAGCCGAGACGAAGCUGCCCGAGGUGGCCGCGGAGAUCAAGAGCAACACCGAGGAGAAGGCCGAGGUGGAGGCCAGUCUCGCCCAGGCCAAGUCCGACCUGA